UACAUAUCCGGUCGUUGGUCUGGUUUAGGCCUCUCUGGAGGAUCUGGGCGCUGUGUUUUCUCCUGGAGUCGCGCGGCAGUAGCCUUUGGUUGGCCUCGAGCUGUGAUGAGUUGGGUCUCGGAGGAUCCUUCCUAGAGCAGCCGUAGCUGCGAGGGCCGCCCGAAGCCUGCCUGGGACCAUCAUUUCUGCUGUUACCAACCACCUACUAAAGCUGUUUAAAUGAGAAUGUCCUUGGCGCAGAGAGUGCUCCUCACAUGGCUCUUCACAUUACUGUUCCUGAUUAUGUUGGUGUUAAAGCUGGAUGAAAAGGCCCCCUGGAACUGGUUUCUAAUAUUUAUCCCUAUCUGGAUCUUUGAUACCAUCCUGCUAGUUAUGAUCAUUGUAAAAAUGGCGGGCCGUUGCAAGUCCGGCUACGACCCUCGCAACGGUUCCCAGAACCUCAAAAAGAAAGCCUGGUACCUUGCUGCAAUGUUGCUUAAACUGGCCUUCUGCCUUGCCCUGUGUGCUAAGCUGGAACAGUUCCCUGUCAUGAACCUCACCUAUGUCUUCAUUCCCCUGUGGGCCUUGCUUAUUGGAGGGAUGAUAGAGCUUGGAUAUAAUAUAUUCUAUGUCCGAAGGGACUAACUGCCUUCAGCUGUUCAUCUGUCCGCAUCACAUUCCUGAGCCAUGUUGGCUUGCUGCAAGCAUACUGCUCAUGAAAGAACUACGGAUGCAGUCAUAUGUUAAAACUCAUGCUGGUGGACUUCACUCUUUGGAACACAGGUUUUCAUGUACAUAUUGUAAAUAAAACAGUC